AUGUCCACCGAAGGUCUCUUCGAACCGGUCCCCGGAGUUGAACCUACCAAAGGCGGCGCCUACCUCUGGCGAUACUCCCCAAGCGUAGCUGCAGCCGCCAUAUUCUUGGUGCUCUUCAUGGCUUCAUUUCUUUGCGUAGUUUGGAAGAUUUGGAAGACGCGUACCUAUUUCUGCACUGUGUUUGCCAUUGGUUGCUUUUUUGAGAUGGUUGGGUAUGGCGUCCGCGCAGGUGCUCAUAGCAAAACCGGCAAAAUCAUGCCAUAUGCCGUUCAGAACAUGUUUAUCCUCAUCGCUCCCGCGCUCUUCGCUGCCUCGAUUUACAUGGUCCUCGGUCGAAUCAUCAGAGGUCUCAACGCCGAUAAACACUCUCUUCUCAAGCCAACCAAGUUGACAAGGACCUUUGUACUUGGAGAUGUAUUAUCCUUCAUGAUCCAAGGCGGUGGCGCUGGCAUGUCGGUUGUUCAAAACGCAAGUCUAAGUAAGUGGGCUGAAAGAAUUGUCAUCCUCGGUCUUGUGGUCCAGAUCGUCAUCUUUGGUCUAUUCUGCACUGUAUCCUUUGUCUUCCAUCGUCGUAUGAUCCGCGAACCAACAGCCGAGUCGAUCGGCACUAUUAUGCCCUGGGAGUCAACUCUUUAUAUGCUUUAUGCUGUCAGUCUUCUCAUCAUGAUCCGAUCUAUCUUUCGGAUCAUCGAAUAUGCUCAGGGCUACACUGGAUAUCCUCUUUCGCAUGAGUGGACGUUGUACAUAUUCGAUACUUUGUUGAUGUGGCUGGUAACGGUUAUCUAUAUCUGGCGAUACCCGGAUGGGCUUAAUGUUAACGCCGGCCACGUCCGCUGCGACAGCAUGCUUCUGCAAGAGGUUCACAACAACAAGUAA